AUGGGCUUAGCUGAGCCGAGAAAGAGGCAAAAACUCUCCCAUGAUCCCCGGAAUCUCGCAUGGUCGUCUCAGUCCUCUGCCACGUCCUAUGGCCACCGCCUUAUGACCCAGCAAGGGUGGUCGCAAGGGCAAGCCCUCGGCAAGCGCACCACAUCCUCUCGAUACGGUGCACCCAGCGAUGCCGAACGCCUCGCGGCCGCCCAGGUGGGGGUGCUCUUCAAAGAUGACAAUCUCGGUCUGGGCGCCAAAAAGAGGAGUGGGAAGGAGGCCGUGGAGAACCAGAAGGUUGGGCUGGAUGCGUUCCAGGGCCUGUUGGGCCGACUCAAUGGGAAGAGUGAGGAGGUGCUGAAACAAGAGGAGAAGAAGAUCGAGGACCGCAAGUUGGAAAUGUAUGCUCGCGGCAGAUGGGGUGGCAUGAUCUUUGUGAGGGGUGGAGUUUUAGUUGGAACCCUUGACGAGAAGCCACGGGAGAAAGACAACGCAGAGAACUCUCUUCUGGCGGAGGACGAUCAACCUCCGGCCGAGUCAUCGUCGCAAGAGCGAGAAGAAGCGGGAAAUGAAGAGCGACGGAAACGGAAAGAAGAAAAGAGACGACGAAAAGAAGAGAGGAGGAUCCGCAGAGAAGAAAAGGCGCAGAGGAGGGCUGCGAAAACCGCCCAAGACGACGUUCAAGCCAUCCCGGUCCACAAGUCUCCUGUGACUCAACCACCUGAUGAGCCCGUGUCGUCUGCGCCAUCAGACGACGAAGCGGAAAAGGCGCAAAGACCAGACCAGAGCGACAAGAGACGCAAGCACAAGUCUUCGAAGCACAAUGCGGACGUCGACGAAGGGAAGUCGCCAGUAUCGACUGCGGCGGCAGCAUCAAAGAAACCGAGCGCCACAGUGAUGCAAACUGGCCGACACUUGCUUAGAGGACGAAACAUCCAGGCCAAGAAGAUGGUGUUGGCAGACAUGAAGGGACUGGACGAGAUCUUCAUGAGAUGA